GGUGUCGCUCUGCCUCUCUGAGGUUAUUUUGGGGGCAUAGUUUGGUGUUUUCUCGCAAAUCACGCUCAUUGUGUGAAGCUUUCUCAUCCGGGACGACAGUGAGCACUUGAAACAUUCACCUGUCGACCUCGUCUGAAGUAAAUGGUAACGUGUUUGCAUCCCUCAGGUUACAGCGUUAAGAAAGGCGCACGCUUACCCACCCUAUGAACAAACAGGAUGCUCACCAGAACCCCGAGUGUUGUUGCCCAAGUGUUCCUUCUUCUAAGCAUAGUCCUUGUUAUUGCCAUUGCAGUGAUUCAGAUAAAUCAGCAACAGGUCCUCUCCCCAGGGCUUAAGUAUGGAAUAGUCCUUGAUGCUGGAUCCUCUCGGACUACAGUCUAUGUCUAUGAGUGGCCAGCAGAAAAAGAAAACAACACGGGAGUAGUGAGCCAAACCUUCAAGUGCAAUGUGAAAGGCCCUGGUAUAUCCAGCUAUGGGAGUAGCCCUGGAGCUCUUGCCAAGCCUCUUGAUGACUGUCUGAAUAAAGUGAAGGAGAGAAUACCAGUUCAUCUGCAUAAAAACACUUCUGUUUAUCUGGGGGCUACAGCUGGCAUGAGACUGCUGAGGUUGCAAAAUGAGUCGGCAGCCAAUGAAGUCCUUGCAAGCAUUCAAAGCUACUUCAGAGCACAACCUUUUGAAUUUAGGGGUGCGCAGAUCAUAACUGGGCCAGAGGAAGGGGUGUAUGGAUGGAUAACGGCCAACUAUUUAAUGGGCAAUUUCUUAGAGAGAAACCUUUGGAGGACAUGGGUCCAUCCUUACAGAAAAGAGACCAUGGGUGCACUGGACCUUGGAGGAGCUUCCACUCAAAUUUCAUUUAUCCCUGAGGACCCUGAGGAGCACCUCAAUAGCACCUUGCAAGUGAAGUUGUAUGGGUACAACUACAAUGUCUACACUCACAGCUACCAGUGCUAUGGGAGAGAUGAAGCUGAGAAAAGGCUUUUAGCAUUGCUGCACCAGAAAUCAAAGGCCAGUGCCAACGUGGAUAAUCCCUGCUACCCUCAAAAUUAUAACACAGCAUUAAUGAUGAAGGACUUCUUUGGCAGCCUAUGUACACAGUCUCUGAGGCCAGCAAAUUACUACCCAAACCAGCUUGUGAAUUUCCAUGGAACAGGAGACCCAGGUCUGUGCCAGGAGAUGGUUUCUUUAUUGUUUAACCUCACUGCUUGCAGAGACAAAGAGGACUGUCCAUUUAAUGGAAUACAUCAGCCAAAAGUUAAAGGGAAUUUUGUGGCUUUCUCUGGAUUCUACUAUACAAUUAAUGCUUUGAAUUUAUCUGGGCAAUUUUCCCUAGAUGACUUCAAUUCAAGUAUGUGGUUUUUCUGUUCACAGAGCUGGGCACAGCUCCAGUUUAUGCUGCCUAAAUUUGAAGAAAAAUAUGCUAGAUCCUACUGUUUCUCAGCCAAUUUCAUUUAUUACUUGCUUGUACAUGGUUACAACUUCAACGCAGAAACUUGGCCACAGAUACAUUUUCAAAAGGAGGUUGGCAACAGCAGCAUAGCGUGGUCCCUCGGUUACAUGUUAAGCCUCACCAACAUGAUUCCAGCAGAAGGGAAGCUGAUCCAGCUGCCUCUGAAACCUUCUCUGUUUGCUGGGCUCCUCGUCUUCCUCACAGCCACGGCACUGCUGUGCCUCCUCUUCCUCGUCUACCUGUGCGUUGUGUCGCACCAGCGGAAGGACGUCCCUCGCGUGGAACACGUAUUUAUUCCAGAAUGAAUGAACCUGGCUGGAGACAAACCAAAAAUGUUACAGUGCUACUAAACAGAACUUUAUUUUGCCCCCCAUUUUUCAAAAAUAGAGACAGCAAAAAUGACUUCUGGACCAGAAGCAUAAAGAGAAGGGGCACAAAGGAAUCUGUGUUAUGGUGAAUUGGAGUGCUUUUGAAAUGUUUGGGUAAUUGUUUCUGUAAACUUAAUUUGUCCAGUGUGCAGCAGAGAAAACACAGGCAUAUAUGUCACUUUGCUUUAUAAGGGAUUACUUGCCUUUUCCUGACAGGUGUGUAUAUAUUGUUUUUUUUGUUCAUUAACUCUGUGCUAGCUGCUGAGCUCAAGUAGUGAUGGAUUUGAUCACAGUGGCAAUUGUUUAAGAUAAAAUUUUAAAUGAGCCAGUAGCAACUGUGGGAGGUGGGAACGUGGUAGCUGUCCUUGUGUGCAGUGCUGACUCUAAAAGCCCUGAAGUAAUCUAAUUUCUGAAGCUGGAACAAGCACUGGAUAAUGACAAGAAGUGAAAGAGUUGUGAUAAAAUUGUUUUUAUUGCUGUUCCAAAUGGAUUGAUCCCCAUCACAAGAAGGUGUAAUAAACUGUCAACACUUCUCAGAACUUUUGAGCCUGUCAGAGCUAUAUCUUUUGGUACCAUGGAGACCUCAAAACACCUCUGGUCUGGUACAUAAGAUUGGCUUUGGAGGUGUAACAAAAUGCUUUCACACUUUAGUAAAUGAACCUAAAUUUAAAUGUCUCAUGGUUGCCUUCAGAAGACACUGGAGUUUUCAGGGUCCUAUUCUAACUUUCACAGAAAUGCUUUUUGUAGUUUUUCACACUGAAGCCUUGACCUGCAUACCCCACAUAUUGUUGGUCUCAGACAGUGGCAGUCUGUACUGAUUUGACAUGUAUGCAGCUCUAUGGGCAGAGUCUCAGAUCUGGACAUUCCAUUAACAUGUUAAGCCCUUCUUUCAAGGCCAAGAGGAACAGGAGCCAGUCUCCAGGCCAGCAAACCAUCCUUUUAGCUGCUGUCAUGGCUCUAGUGCCUUGGUCAGCCUCUGCACUGUCCUUGAGCAGCGCUGGGAUCACCUGGCAGCUGCUUCUGCCAAACAUUGUGACUCCUGAGCUUUCCUGCUGCUGCCUUCAUGCAGCAAACAGCUGCCUUCCUUGAAAGCCCAGCGUUCUUCACCAAACCUCACACUCCCUUAAAUCUUAAAUCACACUCCCUUAAAUCUUAGCACUCUCUCAGCUUCAUCUAUCCCCAGUAUUGAUUAGGGAAUGGAUAGGAGAACAGUGGCCAGUAUUUUUACCCAUAAAUAAUGUUUUUAAUUUCAGCCUUUUGCUUCUAUAUCACCUUCUUACUUAUGUUUGGUGAUGGGGUUGGGGUUUUGUUUUCAUUUGUGCUUUGUUCAUAGGCUGACAGAUGAUUUCAAAGGAGCUAAAUAUAUUUUUAAAUGAAAAAUAGAAAAAAGUGAUUUUUCAAGGAGAUCAAUAGGGCUUUGUACCUUCUCUGUUGAUAUACUGCUAAGCCUUGUCAGUCUUAUUGGAGUAGCAAUAAGGUAAAAGGUAUUAUAAGAUGAUGAAGAGCUCUGUGGCAUCAAAGUUUUAUCUGAUAAAGUGUAAAAUUGACUUCAGAGUGCAUGGACAUUACAGAGGCUGGCGUGAGAUAUAUUGUGUGAUGGAUGUGUAACUGCAGUUAUGGGUGAAAAAAACUCAGACAGUUGGAUGAGAGAAUUAAAAUGUUUUCUUUUGUUGCCAAUUUUCAGUGGAAAAUUGUACUCUGGAAUAUUUACUUGCCCAACAAAACAUUUGCUAUUGAGUGGCCGGGCCAUUCAGAUGUGGUUUUACACAAAUGGAACACACUUGGAAGUUGGUCUCUGUAGAGCUGGCAGCUAAAGAACAAUUAAAUUUGUUCAAAAACCAUUUGGACUUCAAGAUGCACUUGGAUAGGCCCAGCAUCUGUUCAAAGAAUCAAAUUCCCCCUGUGAAUCACCUGUUUUGCUUUUUUAGUGCUUCCCUCUUGUCCUUAUGCAUACAGCCUCCCUCAGUGUCACCAGGAUACCCACCUGCUCCCUUGUACCUCUCCUGGCAGCUUCAGAUGGGAAAGCUGAGGGUGUUGAACUUCCAGCCCAGCAGCUUCAGUGACCACAGCCAACUCCUCCCCCAGGUGUGAGCUGGAACCAGAUCAACAGGCCAGAUCCCUGUCCUGCUGUCUAGAACUGAAAGGAUCUCUGGGAGAUACAGGGAAGUUGACAACACUUGGGAAUGUGUACAGAGGUUAUUUAACUUUUUACACUCUUCAGUGCCUGCUUAUGAAGAUCAAUAAAAUUGUGAAAAAUUAA